AGCGAGCGACGGAGAGAGCGGCAAGGACGGGAGCAGCAGGGUGGGAGAUGAGGGCAGCCGAGGCUGGAGGGAAGGCAGCGCCUUUAUUUGCCCUCGCGGGGAUCAGCUGGGGCUGAGCCGGUCCCGACGCGGGGACCUGGCAGGACACCGCGGCAGAAAUCGCCACGCUGCCACGCUCGGGUCCACGUCUGCAGUGGGGUUCCUCCCCGCCGAGCACCCGCUGCGUAUCCCCUGUUAAUUAAUGACAUGAAAGCCCACGCAGGACCUCCGGGGAAGGAAUCAAAGGCUCCGGCGCUGCCUCCCAGGGCGUGGAUGUGUCCCGCGGGGUCGCCUGCCUCCCCGCAGCCCCGCGCCGUGCCGGGGCGCACGCCAGACGGUGAGAGCAGAAAUCCCACGGGACGGACGGGAGACGGUGAGAUCGGCCGGCACCAUCCCGGCACCCGGCUCGCGAGGACUCCUUGAAGGACUCCAGCCCCCAAAACGGAGUUUCAAUGUUCUGACUUGCUCUAAGAUGAAGGUAUGGAAGUUUGCAGCCAUUGCAUCGAUGCUCCUCAGUUCCAUGUUAUCCAUUUUAGUUUGUAGAGACAUGUUCAACGGAAGCCGGAAAUACAGCCCCUUGCCUUCCUCGCCGUCUUCCUCACGGGCAUCCUCCUCCUCCUCCUCCUCCUCCUCCUCGCUGCCGGCAGCUCCACGGAGAUCCCCACGGGCCCUGCAACGCCACAGCUCGCUGCUCUCCCAGUACAGCAGCUUGCUGGAGAGCUACACGGAGGGGGAGAUCCGGCAGCUGAUCUCGGCGCUGGUGGAGCGCUACAGCCAGGCCAUGAACUCGGGCGGCCACGAGCUGCCGCUCUUCCCCCGGGGGGGCAGCCGCAGGAAACGCGCCCGCGCCCGCCACAAACCCUGCGCCCUGAAGGAGCUGGAGGUGAGCGUCAGCGAGCUGGGCCUGGGCUACGAGUCGGAUGAGACGGUGCUUUUCCGCUACUGCAGCGGCACCUGCGAGGCGGCCGUCCGGAGCUACGACCUGUCGCUGAAGAGCAUGAGGAGCAGGAGGAGGAUCAAGAAGGAGAAGGUCCGGGCUCGGCCCUGCUGCCGGCCGCUGGCGUACGACGACGACGUCUCCUUCUUGGACGCCUACAACCGCUACUACACCGUCAACGAGCUCUCGGCCAAGGAGUGCGGCUGCGUGUGAAGGGCCGGGGGUUCCCCCCCCACCACCCCCCAAGGAGGAGCGGGUGGAAGAGGUGAUGCCCCGGCCCCAAAACCCCGCUGGCCGCCAGGCAGAGGGACGGGGGGGGCUGCGGCGGGGGGGGGGGGGGGAGAGGGACGAGCCCCAAACCUCUGGCUGGAGGAGGAGAGACUGAGCUGCUGGCGCGUCCCUCGCUGUUCCCGUCCCGCGCGCUGCACAGGACUAGAGACGUGGCUGUCGGUGCCAGGGAAGGCUGCGGUUGUUGGAACGGUGACGGUUGCUUGUUGUGUCCCCCCCCCCCACCACCCCCACCCCCGGGGGUGGCCCCCGCGGUCCCUGUCAGCACCUCCGGGGAGGGUGACAGCGGGUGUGCAACACGCACAGGGCGCGUCCCGCGCGCGGGGUGCGCGGGGUGCGUUCCGUGUCCCACGUACAGGUGACGUUCCCGGCAGAGGGGGUGUUGCAGAGGGGGUGUCCCCCCCCCGCACGGGGCGUGCCACGCGCCGCAGGGGUGACGGGUGCGCUUGUGCACGGGGGGGGGUGUUGUUGGUUGUUGUGGAGGUGUUGCUGCGUGUGGUGUGGUGCCAGUGGCGUGCGGUACUGGAGAGGGUGCACUUGUGCGCGCGUGCGACGGGGUGCACUUACAGGUGUGUGUGUGGGGGGGGGGGGGGCAUUAGGUGGCUGCGGGUGCCCCGUGCUCCCCCAGGACACGGCGGGCUGAGCCCUGCGGGCUGUAGCUGCCCCGCGCGGGGGUUUCUGCGGGUUUUGUGAACCUCGGUGCCAGGGUCCCUGCACUGCCAGGGGCAAUUCAGCCCCCCCAAAUCCCUGUGUUUGGGAGCAGAGAGAUACCGACAGUCGUUUGCCCUCCGGGGAAAGGCGCUGGCUCUGCUCCCCACGCCCGCUCAUACCCCCUUUGCCUCGCUCCCUGCAGCCCUGGGAUUUUCUUCUUAAAACACAUGAUAAUCUGAAGUAACUGGAUUAACCUCCUGUCCGUCCCCCCCCCCCCCCUGCGGGCAGCUGGGCUGGAGACCUGCCACCAGCGGGGAGGUGACAGAGCCUCGCGAGGCCACCAGCCAAGCUGUGGUUUGCAGCGCGGGCAGGAGCAUCCACGGUUUGGCGUCCGCCGAAAGCCGGACCGGCUCUGCCGGCCGCGGCACGUGAGUAUUGCCCAUCACCUUGGCGGGGCUUGAAUCGGGCGGGAGAGGGGACUCAGGCCUGGGGUUUGGCUCCGGUUCGCAUUUACAGCAGUGUCACUCUUGUUUACUCUGCGGAGAAAUAAAUGAGACCGCAGACUUUUGCAUUCUCUGGGCAGGCUAUAUUUGUUGCCUUGGGAUUGAUGGGUUUUCUCCCCUUGGCCCUCUGCCCAGAAAAAGCAAAUUAUAAACAGAAGGAGAAUAUUGGUGUCAUGUCCUGGGCAUUAACCAAUGAAAGGGAAAAUGCUCCACUGGCCGCCCCCGGAUCGUAACAGUGUCCCAGCUCCUCGGUGCAGCUAAAUGGGGAAAAAAAAAAAAAAAAAAAAAUCCCAUGCAACUCCAUCCCAACGUGGUAGCGAUGAGGAGCAGAGGGAUACUGCUGCGGGGUUUCGGGGAGCAGUUCAGCAUCUCCUGGGACGGGACAGCUCGGUUUGGGAUAGGAGACAGCUCCCCCCACCCCCAGCAUCUCCCAUGGGUGACCAGCAGCGCUCCUGACCUCUGCAAAGGGCCGGGCUGGUGGGUUUUUUUUCUUGCUUUUUCCUCCAAACAGUCAGUGCUCUUGGCUGAGCGGAGCCAGGACGUAGUGGAGCAAUGUAAACACCAUCCUUCAGCAGGGCUGCCCGCGCAGCCGGCGUCCUGGGAAGGCAGCCUGCACUCUGUAACACGGAGUUUUCCCCUCACUGAUGGGAAAGGGCAAAGGCAGCCGUGGGUGUGGGGGCGAAACCCGUCCACGGGGCAUCGCACACGCUGGUGAAGCGGCAAGGGCUGGCAAACCUGCACCCCGGGGAUGGAAAUGCUGCCGGGACCAGCCAAGCUCGAGCCACGCCGCAGGUGCACAGAGCUCCCAAAACAGCCUCGCGCGGGGCUGCAGCGCCGCGAGGGAGCGUUUGUGCCGCUGGGUUUGGAUGGGAAUGGAAAAGCUGGCCCACAAUAAGCAGCCGGGGGAAGCACUGCAGGAGCAGGAUGGGGCCAGUCGACGGGCAGCCGUCGGCGUGAUCCGCGCCGCGCUCACGACAGAUAAGCAGCUCACUCUUGACUUUAAACAAAACCAAACAAAACAAAAAAAAAACCAUGCACCCAAAUCUAAUAAUAAUAAUAACUGCACUCUCAAGGGUUUGGGUGCUUUCCAGUUCUCACUACUAUAAAACUAAAAUUAGUUUUGUUGCAGAAGCCUCCAGUGAAAAAAAAAAAAAGGAACUAGGGCAAUAAAGCAAGGUAAGGUGUUACAGAAGCAGUGCAGGACCAGGCACCGUGGGAGGAGGAUUUGCAGCAGGGCUUCCCGGAGUUGUGUUCCCCUGAGCCCAAGGAGGUGUCUGGGAGAUGUCAGAGCUGUUGCGUUUCCCCA